AUGUUGAAUGCCUUCGAGGUACAUCGUGAUGACAGAGCUGAUAGCACGACAUCGCAUGCUACAAUUAUCAAGUUCACGAAGGCCAGUAAUGCAAUCAUCGUUGUGGACUUGGAUAUAGUGAUGCUUGCAGCACAGUUGUUACUAUCGGCUCGAACAUUCUACGAAGUCAUAUUGUGCGUCCAUCCUAUGAACCAUGAGCGAUUGGUAACCCUAACCCUGGGUGCAGGAUACCUAGGUAAAGGCAAGCAGAGAGCCGACCCACCCCAAGCCUCCCGUGGUCCUCUCAACCAAGAGAUCAUUAGCGAUAGUGACGAGGACAUGGAUUCCAACGGGCAAACCAUGUCUUGUGUCUCAGUCGAAGCUCCGACUAACGAUCUGACCGAUCCUAUCAUUAGCGCUUCCAGUGACGCUGCUAUUGGUGUGCCUUCGUCCAUCGCUGGUACACAGAAAACUCGACGGGGUAGCUUGUCGUAUGGCCUCCCUUUCCUGAACUUACGAAUCCCAAAAUCAGGACAAAGACCACCAGGAAGGUCAGGAGCUGCAAGAAGUUUACACCGGUGA